CCUUCUACCUACCACCCGACCGCACCAGCAGCGCGGAGGCCGCAAACUCUCCCAUUUGGUAAUGUGUUGCACAGAAGAUAGAAUUAGAAAGGGCGGAAUAAUUGUUGUGUUUUUAAAUGUGAUGAAGUAAAGUGAAGUAUAAUUAUCAUGAAUCCUGAAUUCAACCAACAACACAGUCACGGGGGAAGGGAUACUCGGUCCAUGAGUACAUCUGGUGAAUCACUGUAUGCAAUUCUCAAUGUGGAGAAGACUGCCACACCAGAUGAAAUUAAGAAGGCAUAUAGAAAGUUAGCAUUGAAACAUCAUCCAGAUAAAAACUUAGGAAAUCCAGAAGCUUCAGAAAAGUUCAAAGAAAUCAACCAUGCAAAUAAAGUUCUCAGCGAUGAGAGGAAAAGGAGGAUAUACGACGAGUAUGGUUCAAUGGGAUUAUAUAUUGCUGAACAAAUCGGCGAAGAAAAUGUUGAUUUAUACUUUAUGAUGAAUAGUAAAUGUUUCAGGGGCAUGAUUUUAUGUUGUUUCCUUGCUACUGGUUGUUGUUUCUGCUUGUGUUGCUGUUGCUGCUGUAAUUGUUGCUGUGGCCGAUGUGGACCUAGGCCUCCAGAAGAUGAGGAGAUCAACAUCGUCAUCGACGAGGAGGAUGGCAGCCGAGGCUCCGAAGAUCCUAUUAUAACACAGCCAAAGUCGGGUACAUCUUCAUACCAGGGUGGGGAUACACCCGGCAGUCACGACCAUCACCCAUCCAACGUAGCUAUACCAAUGCCAGCCCCAGAUAGUGCAUCCUCUCACCCGAAUGAGAAAACGGUACUGACUCAAGGAGAGCAUAAAACGUAUUCAGAUAGUUAAUGCUAUAUAAGUCAUGCUUCCAACAUCAUUGAUGCAGUAGAAAUAAGUCAUACGUUGCAGCAGUCAAUCGUGUUUCCAAUUUUAUUUAGCGUAUGCGUAAUGAUAAAGUUUGGUAGUAGUAUUACAUUUAAAUUGUUUUUGGCACAUUUUUAUCAUCCCCGCAUCAUUUGUAUUGUAGAAUGGUCAGAGAGAGUCAGCUUACUGUAUAGACACAUUUCAAUACUUGGACAUAUCAUACUGUAUGUUAACCCUUCAGUAGUUCCACUGUCAUGUAAAAUAUAUGGUCAAACUUAUCAGGGGGCUAGCUACCUGUUUAUAUUACUGACACAUGUUAUAACAAUUUGGCAUGUAGUUUUUAUUUCAUCAGCUUUGGAAUUUUCGGCAUUUUUCUCUCGGCUAUCUUGGGAAGUUUAUUUCAUUUAGAACCAUGGCAGUUUAAUUAAAUAUAAUGAGAGUUGCUAUGAGAAUUAUGAACAGAUGAAACAUGUUAUUUAAAAUAUUUGAAAAAAUUUGGUGAAAAACAAAUGAAUAGAUAUUAUGCUAUUUUUUUUAAAGAGGUUGAAGGUUUUCUCUUUCUAUAAACCUAGGCCAUGUGUUUUUUCAGCUGUAAUAUUUUGGGAUUAAAUAUGACGACUUCAAUGUACUUUACUUUUAUUUUAGUUAAAAUAGGAAAUUGGCGUAGAUUGGGCUGCAGUUGCAGCUCGGCAAUAAACUUGUGGUUGGGUUUCAAUCCCUCGCUGUGCAUUUUGCUUGUGUCCUUGGCAUGGCACUUUACGUAGGGGGAUGAAGGUACAUAGCACUGGCGGUAGCACAGGGUGAGCUGGGUGGGCCUAACCUUCUAGUGGGCCAAACUCUCUUGUAGGCCCACCAAUAAUUUUCGACAAAAUUGUUUCAAUUUUGAAAAACCAAAAGUAAUUUGGGCGAUGCUUGAAUCAACAGUUGGCUGUUGUCUAUCUCGUUGUGGUUAGCAAUUUUAGUAGAACGGUAUUAUGGGAUAUUAUUACAUAAUAAAAAGUCUCUCGGAAAGUGAAAUAUGUUAAUUAUUUAGGGCAUUCUGCACUGGACCCAACCUAUGGAACAUAUUCCGCUAGUAAAAGUAGAUUUUCCCCAAGUGGCCCUAAUGGAAUUUUGCUGAGCAACAUACACUCUGGUAUAUAAAAAAAAUAGUAAGAAACUGAGUAUUAGUAGAAAUACAACUUAUUCUCUGUGCUUGGCCUCCUUAUUUUUCUACCAUUUUCCCGUCUCCCACCACUGCAGUAGGGCUGAAUGUUAAUACUCUUGAUCUAUGUAAGUCUAAUUAACAUAACAAAAUAAAAAAGAAAAAGAAAAGAAUAACAUUCUAAGAAGUUAAAUAUACACUAAAACUUCAAAGGUCAUUUCAUUUUACAGCACAGAUAUUUAAUGUAUGUUGUACCUUUAAGGAGAUUCAAGUCAAUCCAAAAUUAUUAAAUUAAAAAAAAAACAGUGCAUUAGUCAACAAUGAAGUAUAUAAAACCAUCAUUUUAAUGAUUGCUAAAUAGUAAGCGAUAACUUCUUUCUAGGCCUAUAAAAUUUACUGUCUACAUGUGGGAAUGUGGUCUUGUGGGAUGUGCUCACUUCGGUAUUCCAUUGCAGGGGUGCAUAAAUUAUAAAAUGGCAUAAAAGCUAGCAAAUUAACAUAGCAUUCCACAGUGAAGGUAAUACUUUUACCUUGUUGUAAAAAGAAAAAUGAUCCACUUCUCUACAAGAUAGUAGCAUUAUAACCAUUAGAAUGUAAUGCUUUAAGUUUAAUUGUUUUUGCUUAAAAUGCAGUGUAGUAACUAAUUCCUUGAAAAAUGGGAAUUAUAAACCAUGAAUUUGUGGUAAACCUUAAACAGCUGUUGGGAAAAGGUGAUCCUUAAUUGUAUAUUGGGAAUCAUGUACUGUGGUAUAUAGUGUCUAUCUCAGAUUAGUAUGUAGUUUUAUAUACUCCAUGUAAGAUGUGAAUUAAAAAUGUAUAUUGGGGUUGAAUAGAUCUAUUAUUGGUAAUAAUGAGAUGUUGAUUGACAACAACCAACUAAUUGGAACUGUUUUAAAUUAUAUUAUAUCUGUAGUCCGUGUCUAGGUGUAUAUUUCGCAUACAAUGCAUAGAUAUUCUAGAAAUACAAUUCAAGAAUUCUUGAAACUAAAUUCUUUAAGAUUUAAGGAAAGCUGUUGAGUGAGAAUGAGCUAGAUUCAUGGGAAAGUUUAGAUUUGGACAGAAAGACUGCCCUCUUAGAUUUGGUGUUAACAUUAUUUGAUAUAAAGGUAUACCGCCUGUCAUAUAAUUUAAGAACAUCGAAAGCAUUCAAUUAACAGGGGUAACAGGGGCAGAAUUAGAGAUAUUGGAAAAUGUUUGGGUGGGGGGUAUCAAGAGAAAACAUUUCCCCCGGGAAUUUUUUGUUUUCUAAAUGACCGGAAAUAACCUUUGAGGCAUUUUGGGCAAUCAAUAAAUUCUUCUUUUUUUUUCAUUCUUUUUUUCUUUCUUUCCAAAAAAAAGGGGAGGGCCGCCCCCAUUAACACAUUAAAUAUUUUAUUUUAUAAGAAUUUAAUAACUUCCAAAACAAAUGCCGAUUCACCACAUUUCCAUUAGAGAGGUAAAUUUUAUUUUCUAAUUAAAAUUGGAAUCUAAUUAUCCGACUUGAGCAAUUCAAAUUUCAAUUUUCAAGUUUUUUUCUUGCUCCUCACAGACGGUAUACCUUUGCAUUAUUGUUGUUAAAGGAUUUUAGAAAUAGCCUUGCAACAUUCAUAAUCUUGCAAUUUAAUUAAAAUUUAUGUAAUAAUUAUUUUAGGUAGAUUCUAAUAUCAAGUAAAAAUAAAAUAAAUUAUGUAUAAUGUGUUUAAUAUUACAUAUAUAAUUUUUAUGUAGCUAUACUGAAAAAUCAAUGAUAUGGUGUUCGUUCUUUGCGUGAGAAGAUGACCACGAACGUCUGAUCGAAGUGUUCAGUUCAUUUGUAUGUUAAUUUAAUAAAAGGAUUCUAUCAGUAUCAAUCUAUAGGUAUUUAAUUAUCAUAAAUAAUCUGUAUCACUUUAGUUUUGAAUACUGUAACAUUAAAAUUAUCCUUGACUUUGUCAUUCAGUAUUUUACCUGUUGUUUCUAUUAAAUGCAAUAAUUAGUGGAUAGGCCACCUUGUUUCA